CCGGUAUGCGCAGUCGAAAAGCAAUAUGGCGGCCAAAAUCUGGAGAAUCGCACCAACUCUUACUAAAACCUUUUCAGUUUCACAGAGGGCUCCCGCUGCAACAGUAAGCUUAAACAGAUGGCGCUCAACACAAGCUGCAACGUUUGAACAGACCUUACUAAAUGUGCCAGAAACAAAAACAUCUAAACUAGAGAAUGGAGUCAGGAUUGCUUCAGAAGACUCAGGAAUACCUACUGCAACGGUUGGAGUAUGGAUUGACACAGGGAGUCGUUAUGAAAAUGCCCAAAAUAAUGGAGUUGCCCAUUUCCUGGAACAUAUGGCUUUCAAGGGCACUUCAAAAAGAUCACAAACAGACUUAGAACUUGAAGUAGAAAACAUGGGAGCACAUUUAAAUGCCUACACAUCCAGAGAGCAGACUGUUUACUACGCUAAAUGCUUAUCUCAAGACCUGCCAAAAGCUAUGGACAUAUUAGCAGAUAUUUUACAAAACAGUACACUUAGAGAACAAGAGAUAGAAAGAGAAAGAGGUGUGAUUCUAAGAGAAAUGCAGGAGGUGGAGACCAACCUACAAGAAGUUGUGUUUGAUCAUUUACACGCCACAGCUUUCCAAGGCACCUCUCUUGGUCGUACCAUCCUUGGACCCACUGAAAACAUCCAAUCUAUCAGUCGGACAGACCUCCAGGAGUAUAUUCAGAACCAUUAUAAAGGCCCCAGGACAGUGCUUGCUGCAGCUGGAGGUGUUGAUCAUGCAGAACUAAGCAAUCUCGCUCAAAAAUAUUUUGGCAACUUGAGCGCCACCUAUGAGAAUGAGAUUCCAACAAUGCAGCCUUGUAGAUUCACAGGAAGUGAGAUAAGAGUAAGAGAUGACUCAAUGCCUCUAGCCCACGUAGCAAUAGCUGUAGAGGGCGCUGGCUGGGCCAACCCUGACAACAUCGCCCUCAUGGUCGCCAACACACUCAUUGGCAGCUGGGACAGAUCUCAUGGCGGAGGUCCCAAUCUUGCAAGUCGUUUAGCAGCUAACUGUGCAGAACAGAACCUAGCAGUCAGCUUCCAGUCAUUUAACACCUGUUAUAAAGAUACUGGACUAUGGGGCAUGUACUUUGUGAGUGAAGGAUCUACUAUUGAAGACAUGAUGUUCAACGUGCAAGGAGAGUGGAUGAGACUUUGCUCCAACAUCACAGAGUUUGAGGUACAGAGAGCCAAGAACCUGUUGAAGACCAAUAUGCUGCUCCAGCUAGAUGGCUCCACACCAAUCUGUGAGGACAUUGGACGCCAGAUGCUUUGCUAUGGUAGGAGGAUUCCUCUGCCUGAGCUGGAGGCCAGAAUUGAGGCUGUCAAUGCAAAGGUUAUUCGUGAAGUUUGCAGCAAAUAUAUCUACGAUCAUUGUCCUGCAGUGGCAGCAGUAGGUCCCUUAGAACAAUUACCUGACUACAACAGAAUUAGAGGAGCAAUGUACUGGUUGAGGACUUAAUGAUAGCAGACAUUAGACAACAGUUAUUUUAAUCUACCAACCUAUAUUAGCAGACAUAAUGAACAUUUAAAGAACAUCUCUAAGAAUUUCAUUCAAAAUCAACAUGUUUCGUGAAUUUAAACAUUUCAUCCCAAAUCAACAUGUUUCGUGAAUUUAAACAUUUCAUCCCAAAUCAACAUGUUUCGUGAGCCACUGAAUUAAUCUGCCAAUGUUUGACUAUUUAUUAUUGGUGGGUUCUAGUUUGAUUAUUGAUAUGCAUCAGUAGUUAUGAUUUUAAAGUAUUGGAAUUAUAAAAAUGUGAAUUGUUUAUCGCUCUUAGAAUAUGUACAAAUAAAGAGUGAUCUGUAUGUUAUAUACAUUAGCAUUAUGUUAUGUGUACAUUUACUCCUAUAUAGUUGUAGACCUUUCUAGAGGUCAACUGGCAAAAUUGUUUUCCUCAGCUUUAAAUCUAGAAAACUAUUUACCUGCCAAAUAUUUAGUUGUAAUUUUAAAGAU